GAAAUAGCUGUUCACUCGAAGUCCUAAAAUGGAUGGGACGCAGAAUGCAAGAAAGCUACACAGUUUUGGUUAGCGCGUGUGCCAGGAAAUGUGAAAGCUGAAACUACUUUGCUAUACAUUUAAAGAUCUCAGCUUACAUCCGCACAGCAGACGUUUUUUUUCAUACAGGAAAACAAAGAUGUUCGUAACAAGAAUACGGGAGGAAACUCAUGACAGAAAUAUUAUUCCAGAAGCAAGAGGGCACAGAGCUACCAAAACAGUUUGCAUAUGUAUUGCCGUAUGCAUUAUUCUUCUAUAUACAUUUGGAAUUGGCAAUUAUAGCAUUACUCAAAUUGUAUUCAGCUUGACAGUAUUUUUUUUAAGCAUUCCAAGUUGGAAUUUAAUAGUUGGCAUAUGUGAGUUUUCCGAAGAAAUUAAACAUGUGAAUGCCAGGUACAAUGGACACUACCUGAAGGCUUUCAAAGCAAGUUUCAACACAAAAUAUAUGUCUGUUGUGAUUCCAUCUUUUAUUUUGUGCUACAUAUUUUACGAAGAGGAAUAUUUGCCCAAUUUCCCUAGAAAAAUUAGUUUUCUUCUGAUUCUUCUUGCACAUUUUCUGGCAUGGCUCCUUGGAAUUCAGGAAACAUCUCCAGCAGGUAUUUCCAAAAUUAUUGAAAAGAAACAUAUGAAUGUUGCACAUGGGCUUGCAUGGUCCUAUUAUGUGGGAUAUUUGAAGUUUGUUUUACCAGAAUUGAAAAAUUUGGUGAAAAAAUUUAAUGAAGAAAACAAUAACUUACUUAAAUCAUCACAAAUGUGCAAAUUGCAUAUUUUAAUACCAUUAAGUUGCAAGUUAUAUGGUGAUUUAAACGAAGGUGAUGAGAAUAUAACAUUUCUCAAAGAGAUUCCUCCACUUUGCAAGGAUCGUGCUGGCAUUAAAGGGCGUGUUUUCAAAAAUAAUGUAUAUCGCAUUUUGGAUGAAGAACACAGGCCAUAUUACUGCAUUGUGGAAUAUGCUACCCCUUUAGCAUCCUUGCUUCAAAUGUCUGAUAUCGCAAGUGCUGCCUUUAGUGCUGAAGAUCGCAUUCAACAAACAAAACUGUUUUAUCGCACGUUAAAGGAGAUCUUGGAGAACUCACUUGAAUGCCGAAACAGCUUUCGACUAAUAGUUUAUGAUGAUUCCCCUAAAGAUAACAUGUAUCGACCACACAUGUUGUCGACAGAAAUACUGAAACAUCUAAAGCAACAGCAUUCGGAGGAAUAUAAUCUUAAUCAGGAUACCAGAUAAUUUACUUCAAAGUGCUCAACAGAUUUAAAAAUAAAUGUACAGAGUUUAUAUAACAUUAACGUAUUGCUAUAUUAUACUAACAAUAUACUAACAAUACAAACAGCCAAGCUUAGAUCCUGGUAAAAUGAUAUCCCAGCAAACCGACUUCCUGAAAUAUGCCAUCUAUUUUCAAGAAAAUCAUUUAUUUAUU